CUCGGUCGAUAGAAACGGACGACACUACGCCGCACAAAAACCGGGCGGCGUCGUAAUACAGAGUGUUCGCGCGGUCCGUACCGUUUCGGGGCGCGGCGUCGGCGGCGUCGAGAAAGGGAUUUCGGGAAAAGUCACGUUCGAGCGACUUCGAUCUGCCCCAGGGGUGCCAUGAAGGAGAAGAGCAAAAACGCGGCCCGAAGUAGACGGGAAAAGGAGAACGCGGAGUUUAUAGAGCUGGGGAAGAUGCUUCCCCUACCAGCAGCGGUGACCACUCAAUUGGAUAAGGCCUCCGUCAUCAGGCUCACCACGUCGUAUCUGAAGAUGCGCCAUGUGUUUCCCGAUGGAUUGGGGGACGCGUGGGGAGCUUCGCCCGUGUCCCCUAACCCCCGGGAGUCCCUGCUGAAGGAGGUGGGGUGGUACCUGAUGCAGAGCCUCGACGGUUUCAUCUUCGUCGUCGGCCAAGACGGCAAGAUCAUGUACAUAUCGGAAACGGCGUCGGUCCACCUGGGUCUUUCGCAAGUGGAACUGACGGGCAACAGUAUUUACGAAUACAUCCACCCCGCCGACCACGACGAGAUGACGGCGGUACUGGCGCCGCCGCUUUCGCUUCCGGGGGCGGCGAUACACGAUUACGAAAUCGAGCGUGCGUUUUUCCUGAGGAUGAAGUGCGUGUUGGCGAAACGAAACGCCGGCCUUACCAACGGAGGCUACAAGGUGAUACACUACUCGGGGUACCUCAAGGUGCGGCACUUCGGCACCGGUGGCGGCGGCCCAUACGAUACCGCCUGCUGCCAAAACGUCAGCCUGGUAGCCGUGGGUCACUCGUUACCGCCCAGCGCCAUUACCGAAAUCAAACUGUACACGAACAUGUUCAUGUUCCGCGCCAGCCUGGACCUGAAGCUCAUCUUCUUGGACGCCAAGGUGGCGCAGUUGACAGGGUACGAGGCCCAAGACCUCAUCGAGAGGACCCUCUACCAUUACAUCCACGGAAGCGACAUCUUCAAUAUGAGAUACUCACAUCACCAACUACUAUACAAGGGUCAAGUGACUACGAAGUACUACCGGUUCCUCUGCAAAGGCGGAGGCUGGGUCUGGAUGCAGAGCUACGCCACCAUUGUGCACAACUCCAGGUCGUCAAGACCGCACUGCAUCGUCUCCAUUAACCACGUGCUGAGCGAUAUCGAAGCCAAAGACUUGAUCAUCAACCUAAGUCAAGGCAGCCCCAAAGAGGAGCUUCCAGCGUCCCCCCAAGAAAGUCACUCACCGUUGGCGACCAAGUAUCACCCUUCGCCGCAACCCGCACGACUUUUACCCCCUUCCAUACCUGACGACCAUUUCAGCGACUCGAACAGUACGCAUUUCGGGUCGACGCUAGAUUAUCCCGGCCCGGCGUACCUUCACGGCGUUACCGACGAAUCCAACGCCUACUACCACCAUCCGGAGUAUUUCUACAAUGGGUACACCGAUCCUGAGCAGUACCCGGUACUCACGGGGUCGGUAGCGUCGCAGAGCAGGCCAUACAGCGCGUCAUCCAGCAGUUGCAGCUCGGUGGAGAACGACAACAACAUGCACUUGCACCAGGUGCACGCGCCCGGGUACUCUUCGGAAACGGUGUCCAGUUUCAAUCUAAGUGGAUGUUUUAAUAAUAACCCCGCCACGUGGCACGGCGCUCAGCACGAGUUUAAACACCAGCUGCCCAACAGGCCAGAGCACAACGCGGCCUACGCCAGCGUCAUCGUCGACACUCAGCAGUACCAGUUGGCGAACGAAUACGUACAUUGAUGAGGUGAUUUUUUUUAAAUUGCACAAACCAAAGUUUUCUUACUGUGAGGCUGAGACUUGGAUUUAAAAUUGACACGUGUCUGUGAGGAAGAUUUCCGAAAGCGACGAAAUUUGAUAUAGGUACCACGUAAGCGACGUUGCCGCGCUUGUAAAUAUAUUUGAUCCCGAGAAUGUGUCGUGCCAUUUCAUAGAUAUACUUAGGAAAAUCAUAUCACUCAAUCCUUUGUUUAUUUUUUUCUUCGUUUGUAAAAAGUUUUUAUUAUAUUUUUUCGCGAGCGCACCCAAAAAUGUCCCACAUAGUUUAUUAAUUAGAUAUUAAAUACGAUGUAGAUAUAACUGACAAUAAUGUUUGAGACUGUGAACCUUGUGCGUGUAAAACUGUAUAUAUACAUUA